CCUCUCGCGCGCGCUGUGGUUCUGAGGGACAAAAUGUCCGGGGUCGCAGGGAAGCUGCAGCACGCGCGGGAGCGGGAGCGGGGUCUCGCGCUCCGUUACCUGGAGCAGGACUACGCGGCGCUGAGGGACGCGUGCCUCCGCGAGGGCCGCCUGUUCGAGGACGACAAGUUCGAGGCAGCUCCGCACGCGCUGAGCUCGAAGCCCCACGGAGCACGCGGGGUCACGUGGCUGAGACCGAAGGAGCUGACCACUGAAGCGAAGUUCAUUGUUAAAGAUGCAACUAGAACAGACAUCAUUCAGGGUGCUCUGGGCGACUGCUGGCUCCUGGCAGCCAUUGCUUCACUCACUUUGAACAAGAAGGUUCUGCAUCAUGUGGUUCCACCUGAGCAGAGCUUUGAGGAGAACUACGCUGGCAUCUUUCACUUUAAGUUUUGGCACUAUGGCAAGUGGGUGGAUGUUGUCAUCGAUGACCGGCUGCCCACCAGAAACGGGGAGCUGCUAUAUGUCCACUCAGAGCAGAGGAACGAGUUUUGGAGCGCCCUGCUGGAGAAGGCCUACGCUAAGUUGCACGGCUGCUAUGAGACGCUGUCUGGAGGCCUGGCCUGCGACGCCUCUGAGGAUUUCACUGGAGGAAUCACGGAGGUCUACAAGCUGAACAAACCAAACCUGUUCAGACACAUCCAGAGGGCUCUGGUCCUGGGAUCACUGCUGAGCUGCUCUAUCGACGCCUCCAGCUCAGUGGUGGGCAGGGGGCAGCUGGUAAGAGAACACGCCUACUCUGUAACAGGAGCUGAGGAAGUGCCCUACGGCCCUGAGGGAUUUACAUGUAAAUGGCCAUGGCUAUGUGCUCGGACCAGGCCUGAGAUGAUUCGUCUGAUUCGGAUCAGGAAUCCAUGGGGGAUGGUGGAGUGGAAAGGAGCCUGGAGCGAUGGGUCAGCAGAGUGGACAAAGAUCAGCUGCGAGGACCAAGCCAGGCUGAGGCACAUAGUGGAGGAUGGAGAGUUCUGGAUGUCGUUCACGGAUUUCGUGCAACGUUUCUCACAGCUGGAGAUCUGUAACUUGACUCCAGACGUGCUGGGUGACGAUGGCAGUAAGACAUGGGCGUUGUUGAUGUUCGAGGGCAGCUGGAGGAGGGGAUCCACAGCAGGAGGAUGCCGGGAUAAUGAACGCACGUUCUGGAUGAACCCACAGUUUGUGAUUAAGCUGAACGAGGAGGAUGACGAUCCAGAUGAUGAUCAUGCAGGCUGCAGCUUUGUGGUGUCUUUGGUCCAGAAGAAGCUCGGAAAGGAACUGCUGACCAUUGGGUUCACCAUCUAUAAGCUUCCUGCAAAGUACUCAGGAAAGGGGAAUAUCCACCUGGAUCAUAAAUUCUUCCUGACCCACAAGUUGACUGCCCGCUCUGAGACCUUCAUCAACAGACGUGAGGUGUGCAGUCGCUUCCGCCAGCCUCCAGGAGAGUACCUCAUCGUCCCCUCCACCUACGACCCGAAUCAGGAUGGGGACUUCUGCUUGCGUGUCUUCUCUGAGAAACAGGCCAUGGUCCAAGAGCUUGAUGACCAGGUGGAAUCAAAUGUUAAAGAAGUCGACAUCUCAGUGGAUGAGAUUGAUGGUCAGUUCAUUAGUCUCUUUGGACAGCAUGUAGAGCACGGCAGUAAACUCUCAGCCUUUGAGCUGAGGAGAUUUCUGGACAAAGAGGUCACUAAGUGUAUUGACAUACAAACUGAAGGGUUUAGCCUGCAAAGCUGCCGCAACAUGGUCAAUCUGCUGGACAAGGAUGGCAGUGGAAAACUCGGUCUGGUGGAGUUAAAGAUUCUCUGGGACAAAAUUCAGAGCUAUGGGAACAUCUACAAGGAGAAAGAUGAGGACAAAUCCGGCACGAUGAGCUGCACCGAGAUGAGGAAGGCGGUAGAGGCAGCAGGAUUCUCUCUGAACAACUCACUGCAUCAGAUCCUCGUCGCCCGCUACAGUCAGCCCAACCUGACCAUCCACUUCAAUGAGUUUGUGGACUGCCUGGUGCGUCUGGAGUGCAUGUUUAAAAUGUUUCAAAUGUUGGACAAGGACGGAACAGGCAAGGUAGAAUUCAACAUGACCGAGUGGCUGAGUGUGACUAUGCUGUAAAGGAGGACAACCGCAGGCUGUGGCCAGCAAAGCAGCACAGAAAGAGAAACAUAACCGACAGAAACAGGAGCAGCAUCUCGUCUCCUAAUCUGACUAAAGCUUUACUAUAAGCAGAGCAGAGCAGAGCAACAUGGGACGAGCCUUCAGUCUUUAGAGCAUAUAUUACUGCUGAUGAGACUCAUCCAGUGUGGCGGUGUUCACAGUAUGUAUGUUCACCACUUUAAUUUUGAACCACAUGCUAUGUUUUAUAUUUUAUUAUAUAUAUUUUUUAUAUAUUAUUUUUGAAGUAAUUUUGUGUCAUUUUGAAAUCAGUUUUUAAUAGCAUGACAUUAAUAAAAACCUGCAAUGAUGCCAAAUUAUUAAUAAAAGGAAUAAUGGAGUAUAAUAAAUUAUACAAUAUAGAUUUAAACGAUAUAAAUCAAACCAAAAGGAAUUUUUAAACAUUCCAUUAAGCAUUCCGAGAAUAUUCAGAAGUAUUUAUUACUAUUAUUUAAAAUAUACUUUGUGUCUAAUAUAGCCUAUUCUACUUAAAGAAUUACUACAGAUAGUAAUUUGGUCUGAAGAUUUAACCACUGCUGCAUAAGUUAUUAAAACUAUACUAAAAAAAUACUAAAAGUAUUAAAACUGUCUAGUUCUAUUAGCAUUUUAGAAUCACUACAGUAAGUGAGUGAGUGAACUAGUGAGUGUGUUAGUCAUUCGUUUUUUUUUUAAAUUAUUAUUCUCAGUCAUCUGCAGCUUCUUAUCUACAGCUCUGUCCAUCAUUCUGGACACAUCUACAAUUUCACAGUAUUCAGGAUCAGAGCAUUUCAGGACUGAUUAAAGCUCUACUGCACACAUCACCAAUAAAGCACACAUCUUGAGAAAGGGAAAAAGUGGUGAAGGAGGACCAUAAACAGAACACAUAAGAAAAAGCAUAGGAAGAUAUUGGUGGAUGAGGCCCAGUGAGCUUAAAUGCAGUCAUCCCUCAGACAGCCUCCCCAUCCAGGGAGGAUAACACCACAGCCCUGUGUACUGGAGAUUGGGGAUAGAUUUUCCACUUGAGGUAUUUUAGCCUGCCAUUAAGAAUCCUUGGGAAAGACUCUCCUCUCAAAUCUGAUUAGAUAGCCUUUCUGGAUAAGAGCAUUAAUCAUAUGCAGUCAAUUAAUAGUUAACGUUCAGGAGUUGCCCUCCAAAAUGUCAGGGGACAGGUCUGAGGACGGGUUCCCCUUUUCCAAAGUCUUGGUUCCUCUUCUAAUGCUCUUAGAAAUCUAUGAAUCUUCAACCUGCCAAAUGUGAGUGAGUGAGUGAGCGAGCGAGCAAGUAAACGAGGGAAUAAGUUAGGCCCAUGAGGUUCUUUGCUUCGAAUAAAAACUUUAAAAAAAAAAAAAAAAGUUUAACUUAAAAUGAUCAUGAAUCAUGACUAAUCAUGAAUGUUAGAAAAAUAAUUUAAUAAAUGCUCAUUUUAUAUAAAAAACAGUGCAGUCUUCCUUUUACAACAAAGGAAAAAAAAUCUUUACAUACCAAUGAAAACAGAAGAUUGCAUACCACUCAAUUUCCAGUACAAGAUUUCAGUAUUUUAGUGCUGAGCUGUAUGAAGGAGAGCGAGAGGCUACAGAUACGAAGGAGUCAGAACCACUGACUGUAUAUAUGAGAUAAAUAUAUUCAUUGGUGGGAACAUGCAGCCACUGUUACUCUCACUGACUGUUUGUGAUGAAAACUGGACACUGUGUUCACCCAUGUUCAGUUUGUGUGAGCCUGAUGAAAAUGAUGUAAUAACUACAUCCUGAUGAAGCUUAUUUUGUCCAUUAAUGUAGCCGUAACAAAAUGAAUGUCAAAGUUCACAAGUAAAUAAGAUAUAACCAUGUUCAAAA